AUGGAUAAGCAGACUCAUGUUGUGAUUAUUGGCGGAUCUUUCGCUGGUGUGAGAGCGGCAGAGACUAUCCUGGGAAUGGGUAAACAAAUCAAAGUCACUAUGAUCUCAGCCUCCUCGCAUGCGUACUUUUGCGUCGCAGCGCCCCGCUUCCUUAUUGAGCCUGAAAUCACCAAUAAGGUUUUCUUCUCUGUUAAAGAAAAGCUUCAGAAGCUAGAUCGCAGCAAUGCGUCUUUCCUUCUGGGUCGUGUUGAAACAGCAAAUUUCAACGACAACGUGAUUGUGUACAAGGAUGAAGAAGGCAAAGAAAUCUCGCUUGACUAUGAUUACUUAGUAGUUGCGACGGGUACUCGAAGCCAUCACCCAGCAUUUAAACUCGAAGGCAGCCAUGAAAUUACGAAGCAUGCGGUAACUACUAUGAACGAAGAGAUAGAAAAAGCAUCAAAAAUUAUAGUUUUGGGUGGUGGAGCAACAGCCGUUGAAGUUGCUGGCGAACUUGGUGAAAAAUAUGGUAAGAAAAAGCACAUUUCAAUCUACACAGGAUCGGAAGGUCCAUUGAAAAGGUGGCUUCCAAGCCUGUCAGACGCAGCUACUCAACAAUUGGAGAAUUUGGACAUAAAAGUGGUGAACAAUGUUCGUUCGACAUCGGAAAAGAAGACCAAAAAUGGAUGGGAAGUCUCCUUUAAUGACGGGACAACCGAAAUCGUCGACCUGAUAGUACCUGCAUACGGGCUUGUUCCAAACACAGAGUGCAUCGAUCAGGAAUUGCUUGAUUCACAAGGCUAUCUUGUUACCAAUGAAAAUUUGAUAGUUGAAUCAUAUCCUAACGUUUUGGCUCUGGGCGAUGUCAUAUCGGGUCGUCCAUGUACCAUCGUUGACUUGGAUCAAGUCCAAGUACCGACGUUCUGUUCUACCGCUUACAACGUAAUUCUGGAUCAAACGCAAGCCAUGAGGCCGCUAAAAAAAACGCCCAAAAUCGGUUUAGUUCCAAUUUCAAGAAAAGGCGGAGUUGGCGUCAUAUUCGGCUGGUGCCUGCCCUCUUUUCUCGUAAAAUUCUUGAAGUCAAAAGACUUUAUGAUUCCUCGGGGUUCGAAAACGUUCACAUAG